GGUGGGUCAAAUUUGAUACUCCGCAUUUGUUUUCUCGACUCAACGAAAUCUAUUCACACUACCAAAUGGAGUAAAAAAAUUACAGAGGCAGACUGAAAUCCGAAACAGAUUUCAGACCUUAUUCAGGUCCACAUUAGUAUCCAAUCAAGCCCCACUUUCCCAUUUCUUAUUCUGCGGAUUUUAUUUGUUGUUACUUCAAACCAAUCAUAUCGCGAAAUCUGCUCCUCGUUGGAAGAUGUCUUUGAUUCGUUCCAUGGAUUGAAAAAAGAAACUUCACUCAAGAGUAUUUCAGGCCUAUAUAUUUCUCUGCUAUUAGUCAAUAAACAUCAGUUUCUGAUCUCAAGUGGUGCUGAAAAUGGAUGGGUUUGGUGGUGAUAAUGUGCAAUCAUCGUUCAUGGGGGAUUGGAUGAUGCUCAGUCCAACAAGUUCAAGCGCAUUUUUCUCUUCAACUAAAAAUAAUAAGGAAAGAAAAGGUGAGAAGGAAGAAGAGUAUAUAUCAGCAAGGAAUAGUGUUGGCGAUGGGGCAGGUGAUCAAACAGCAGCGAGAUUUAUCAGUGAUCAGUCUGAGCUGAAAAUAAACGGUUGUGGAAGUGGUUUAAUGGAGAGGAUGUCAGCCAGAGCCGGUUUCAGUGCCCCGAAGCUGAACACGGGCCCUUCUGCUCUUGCACAAAACAACCGCUGCUCUCACUUGCCAAUUCCACCUGGUCUCAGUCCAACGUCCCUGCUGGAUUCCCCAGUUUUCCUCUCUAAUUCUAUGGUCCAAUCAUCUCCAACAACUGGGAAGUUUGCAUUUCCCUCGAUUGGUGACAGUCAAAACUCAGCAUUCUUCACCGCAGCUUCUGAUAACAACAAAGACAGUUCAUUUAACAAGAAUGACACUUCAUCCUUUGCAUUCGAGCCAUUAUUUAUAGAGCACAUUCCUCCCUUUGACUCUCCAACUUUUAGCAAAGUACCUCCACCAAGUAUUUCCUGCCAAUCCUUUCCGGCCAGUGCAGAGCCUGAUGCUGAGGAACAGGAUGAUGUUACAGAUCAAAGAGGGAUCCGAGAUCCCAAUUCUGUUAAUGCUCCCACCGAUGACGGAUAUAACUGGAGAAAGUAUGGGCAGAAACAGGUGAGAGGGAGCGAGUAUCCACGAAGCUAUUUCAAGUGCACCCAUUCAAACUGCCCGGUCAAGAAGAAAGUGGAGCGGUCCCAUGAGGGUCAUAUUACAGAGAUUAUAUAUAAGGGCGCCCACAUUCACCCCAAACCUCCCUCCAACCAUAGGUCAGCGGUUGGAUCCGAAAAUGCAGAAGAACUAAACAACCUUGAGGCAACUUCUUCUGGGAUUUUGGGCUCUGAUUACUGUGAUGGAUCUCAAACCCAGAAUGGCACUCACUAUGAAUCCGGGGAUCCAGUGGAUGGAUCGUCUCUUUUUUCAAAUGAUGAAGAUGAAGAUGAUUGUGGUACACAUGGCAGCGUGUCAUUGGGUUAUGAGGGUGAAGGAGAUGAACUGGACUCAAAGAGAAGGAAGAUCGAAACUUAUGCAGCUGACAUGACCGGAGGGGCGACAAGAGCCAUUAGAGAGCCGAGGGUGGUGGUGCAGACAACCAGUGAGGUUGACAUUCUUGAUGACGGGUACCGCUGGCGCAAAUAUGGGCAAAAAGUCGUCAAAGGAAAUCCAAAUCCGAGGAGUUACUACAAGUGCACAAGUGCGGGAUGCACGGUUAGGAAGCACGUGGAGAGAGCUUCACACGAUCUCAAGUCAGUGAUUACAACCUAUGAAGGCAAACACAACCAUGAUGUUCCUGCAGCACGAAACAGCAGCCAUUAUCAUAACGGCAACACUUCCACCAGUCUACCACCAUCACAGAAUGUUGAUAAUGUGCAUAGGCCUGAGCAUUCUCAACAACAGCAGCAGCGGUUUGGUAUGCCUCACAUCGGCUCGUUAGGUUUCCAUAGCCAGCCACAUCUUGGUUUUGGUUUUGGGAUGAUGAACCCGCAAGGCUUUGCAGGUAUGUUUCCAGCAUAUCUUGGACAGCGUCCCUUGAUGAAUGGAAUGGUCGUCAAGCCAGAGCCCAUGAUGGAGCCUGGUUCAGAUCCUGCUUUGAAUCUUUCUUCUAACAACUCUUCUCCCUAUCAACAUGUCACAAGUAGGUUGCCUCUUGGACCUCAAAUGUAAAUUAUACAACCCUUGGUGUCCUAGUAACGUUUAGAUGGAUUGUCUCGUGUUACAUUCCAUGAUUCAUUCUUCUGAUGCUCAACAUGUUUCUGUGGAUGACAGUCAUAAUAGAAAAUUUUGAAAAUUUGGUUCAAUUGUUG